CUCCUCCUCCUCCUCCUCCCGCGGGGCGGGGAGGGCGCAGGUGAAUGCGCCCUUUGUCCAGCCGAGGCCUCAGCAGACCCGCGGCUGGGAGCUGCUUGGGGCGGCCGGCCCAAGGGGAGACCCCCGAGGCCACGCCGCUCCGCCGCCCUCCGGUGCUCACCGCGGCUCGGGACGCGGGACGGGGAUCCGGCUUACACCCCGCGGGCGCGGAGGGGAGCGGGAUGGGCGCGGAAGGCGGGGCCGGGAGGGGAGGUGGAGGCUCCGGCCAGGCCCCCCCCCCCCCCCCCCGCCGCUCCCCAUCUCAGAGCCCGGCAGGCGCUCCGCGGCUGCCCCGAGUCCGCCCUCCCCGACAGACCCGCGCGGCCGCCGCCGGGGCUGAGGGAGCCGAGCCGGGGCCCGCCGCCGCCCCCCCCCCCCACCGCUGCGGCGGGGGCUCCGGGCUCUGGAGCGAAGGAGAGGCUGCGCGGACGGCGGGCCGAGGGAGUUUCCACAAUGGAGAAGAGGGAAGGUGAUAAUCAUGCCAUUGAUCAGAAUGCAGGUCAGAGCAUCGGGCCGAGAAGAAAUACAGGAAACCUUAGCAACUUGAACAUGGAUAUGCAAAUCACCAAUCCACCAGAAGCAGCUGCACUUUUUAAUUUACAUCAAGCACACCAUUUUGGUGAGUUUGAACAGUCUUCAGAACAACACUGCAAGCAGGAGCUGUUCCCCAAGUGGCACUUGCCAAUGAAGAUAGCAUCUGUGAUUUCAUUAUUAACAUUUAUUUACACUUCUAUGAGAGAUGUCAUAUAUCCUUUUAUAACCAGAAAGGAAAAUGUUUUCUAUAAAAUUCCAAUCCUUGUCAUAAACAAGGUUUUACCAGUGGUUUCAAUUACCCUUUUAGCACUAGUAUAUUUACCAGGAAUAUUAGCUGCUGGUUUCCAGCUGUACUUUUGCACCAAGUAUAAAAGGUUUCCUCAGUGGUUGGAUAGAUGGAUGUUAUCAAGAAAGCAAUUUGGACUUCUCAGUUUCUUCUUCGCUGCAAUGCACGCCUGCUAUAGCUUAUGCUAUCCAAUGAGAAGAUCAUACAGAUACAAGCUGCUGAACUGGGCAUUCCAGCAGGUCAAACAAAAAAAAGAAAAUGCCUGGAUUGAACAUGAUGUUUGGAGAAUGGAGAUUUAUGUGUCUCUAGGAAUUCUGGGACUUGCUUUGCUGGCCUUGUUGGCAAUAACAUCAAUCCCAUCUGUCAGUCACUCUCUGACCUGGAGAGAGUUCCACUACAUUCAGAGCAAGAUGGGAUAUUUGGCUCUGCUCCUAUGCACUGUUCACGCACUGGUGUUUGCUUGGAAUAAGUGGGUUGAUGUUAAUCAAUUUAUCUGGUAUACACCACCUUCAUUUAUGGUAGCAGUUUUUCUUCCUAUUGUAGUUCUCCUUUGUAAAUGCAUACUGCUCCUCCCAUGUUUUGGGAAGAGGAUAAAAAGGAUCAGAUGUGGUUGGGAAGGUAACACACAAACCAAUCAAACCAGCAUGACUUCCAGACUGUAGAUCAAAUAUGGACAUUUCCUGUCUAUGUAAAUAUGCUCAAGGCCAUGAAAUGUUCACUCACAAGCUCUGUUUUCGUAUUUUCCAUAGAUGUUUUGUUUUUACUUUUCAUUUUGAUUUCAGGAGUAUGGGAUACUUGAUGCAGUUUGGACCUUUUCUAAGACAGAAGGUGAAAACAUUCAUUUUACACUUUAAUCUAUUCAGUGUUCUGGUAUUUGAUCAUUUCUUUCUUCUGACUCACUGCUUUUAAAAUCCAAGGGCUUCAUUGCCUCAAUCGUAAUUCUUUUGUAGGCAAAAGCAAUCAUAAAUCAUUGCUCUAGAUGGUCACAGAAAGUAAAUAAAAGAUUACACUGCAGAACCCAGGAAUGCUUUCUGCUUCCCACAGCUGCGUCUGUUCUUUUGUUAAAUCUCAGUAUUAUAAUGGGACAACAACUAAAGUAUUUAUCAUCCCGUUCCCCCUUUACCGCUGGCAUGCUAUGUUUCACUCUGCAGAAUGGGGACCUUGGCACAUGAGCCAGACAGAAACUGUGUAUUCCCACCAGGUCUUGGUGGGACAACUGGGCAAGCAGAACUGCAGGGAGCUUUACAAGGUAAAUCUUUCCUGAGGCUUGGGCACAGUCUAAAAAAAGAGUUUUUAGACUCAGAUCUCCAUCUUAUACAGGACUAGGUGUGUCUCUAUUUACUUAAAACGAUAAAACAUUUCCCAUUUUUUAUUCUAUGAACACGUUCUUUUGUUUCUGAUGCUGGAAAUUUUCCAUGCUUUUGACCUACGCCUGCAGCCCUUGACAUGUGCUAAACUUUAUUCGCACAAAUUAUUCCAGUGGGAUAACUCACGUCAGGUAAAUGUGUUUUAUUGUUUACUCUAGGGCCAGCACAAUUGUGUGACUGAAAGAAAAACAUUAAAAAUAGGCACUUGAAUCUUGACAUUGAUUUGGUGAGAUUUUCGUGUAAAAUGGCUUCCAAGUGCAUUUGCUAUUACCAAAAAUUUCAUACAAACUAAUUAAACCUCACUUUCCUUAUGCUUCAUAGGUCUGGCUGAAUGUUUUAAAUGAAUAAUUCAUUUUUUAGGAUCUAUUUUUAAAUAUGUUAUGCAGUCGUUAAUAUUUUCACCCAGCAUCAGGAACAUUUCUGCCAGUCUCCCUGCAUGAGUUGACUAGGAAACGGACUGAUGAUGCCACCUAUUGCUGGGAUCAUCUGAAUGAGAACUGUAAUUGGUAAUGGCUCUGGUAUUAAAACAAACAGGAAAACAAUGUACAUGUAAAAAGAUACAUAAUACAUGGUGCUAAUGACUAUGCAGCUAAUGGUUCUGUUGUACAUUUGUGGACUUGGUACACUGAGCAUAAGUAACAGACAAAUUAAAUAGCUACAGGGUUACUACAUUUUGUAUUUUCCUGGUUAUAACUCCAUUCAAUUCAUUGUAACUUAAAAGUUGGCCCUGUUAUUUGCACUUAGUGUUGUACUGUGACAAUAACUGGGGACAUGGUGGCCUGUAUAAUAUAGACUGAAGAGAAAUGAGUGUCAUUGUGUAUCAAAUCAGUAAUGCAUGACAGAGGCAAAUGCUCUCUAAAACACGGGAAGCUAGUUUGCAAUGUGAAUCUAAGAAAUUUCUAACAGAACAGGAAAAGUGUGGUUGUCAAUGCAUUAGCAUUUGCAUUUCUAUAAAUUAAAUAAAUACAUUUUUUUAGAAGUCAUAUUAGGGAUGAAUAAUAUUUGCCAAAGGCUUAAUGAGAAUACUACCUGCACUUUGUUGUCAGGAGUCAUAAAAAAAAUAAUAAAAUAAUUUUUCUAAUGCAACAUGUUGAGGCAAAUGCAAUAAUAAAUCAUUUUGUCUUCUGUGUUGUCCACUAGCUACUCAUAAAGUGUGCUCAAACUUACCACUUAGGACAAAGCUGAGACUGUAAGUACUCCAAGCAACCACUAUAUGCAUUCAUUGAAAAGAAUGACAUUUGGUUUUAUCAAAAGAUGUGUUAAAUUUUGCUCUCCAGAAUCAGCCCUGCAGCUCCCUUGCCUAGAAAGUCUCAAGAAUUUAAUUCAAUCUCCAGCUUUGUUAAAUUCUGGUCAAAUAGUUGGCCUAAUUGUUUACAGUUGGUCAGAGAAGCCAACCCUUUGACACAGAGGAAUAUAAACAGCUUCAGGGGUACAAAGCGUAUGGCACAGAGAGCAGAACCUGGCCCUUAAUAACUGAAAAAAAUGGGCAUGAAGACACUCCUUGGAAGAAACUAUUCAAAGCUACUCAUAUGGCAUGUAUAAAACAAAAUCAAGGCAAACUAGUAUGUGUAUGCAUUUAGAGACUAAAAUAGUUCAGGGGAAUGAUAAUGGGCUUCAAGGCUUUUCACCUUAUUAUCACUGUUACCAACUGAAAUCUUUUGCACAAGGGCUCUGUUAUAGAUCAGCUAGAUCAGUGAGCAUUGAGUAUGGUCAAUAUGGUUAUGAAGUUAAUGGAAGCUGGAAGUUAAGGUUCUGUGCCUUUGGAGUCUGCAUCUUACCGCACAGCAAUAAUAUUUAGGUGACUAAGUCACUUUUGAAAACAGGACUUUAAUUCCAAAGUUGGUUUGAUCCUUCUGAAAUUUUUGUCCAAAUUCUUAGAACAUUCUCUCUCUGAAUCUGCAAGAUAUUGUCUAAUUUGGAGACUAAACCAGAUCCUUAUUGCAGAAAUCACUCUAAGUACCACUGCUAGAAAACAGACCGAGAACAUGUAAAUAUAUUCUCUAUAUUUAACACUUUGUAAAAAGUUUUCGAGUCACCUGUUCUAAUACAUCUUUAUCCAAGCAGCGGGAAGGAACUGCUGUCUAUACCACUGUAUUUAGUACAUAAAAUCAGAACAAGGCACAUCACAAGCACAGAACUCCUUUCAGAAGGUACUAAAGAAAAUGUACAUACAUUUAUCUUCUAUUCAUGGUGCAGCAGUGAUAGCUUUAUCCCACUUCAAGUGGCUGACAAAUUGUGUCCUAAUGAAGCAUUCUAUUGUAAUAUGCUGCUCUAUGCACUUGUUAUAUAAGGUAGUGCAAACUGCCAUAAUUUUAUUAAUUUCAAUCUGUUUAUAUGGGUUGAAAUCCUAACAUAAAUUACAAGUAAAACCCAAUUUCAAGGUCAUCAUAUACUAUCCAAACUGACCUUUUAUGCUCAUCAUUCAGCUGCAGACAUUAAUCGCAGUUCAGAGUUUCUCUCUAGCAUUGCCCAGGGGCAAAUCCAGAAGUGUCUUCUACCAGCUGAAAUUUGCAUACUAUCUAUGAAAGGGCUACAGAAGCAAAUCCUAUUGACAAUAUUUUAUUUCUUCCUUUGUAAUAGACAUGAUUUAGUUCAACACUAAUGAAAAUAACUGCAUAUGUACCUUUUAAUUUAUGUUUAUGUAUCUAUUUCAAAAUUCAGUGUAUUAAUAUGCCUAUAUGCUACUAUAAUACUUAAAAUCAAUGCGUGUGCAAAUGUUAGGCACUUAUUUGUAUAACACAGAUUACUUUUAUAAAAUGAUGCAUCAUUAAAUGCUUCAGUGUGUGCUGUA